UAUCCGCUCCGGUUUCUCCGCCAUCUUAUGUCGCCUUCCUAUUGUUCACAAUCGGAGUAAGCUUGGGUGGCGGAGCAAAAUACUGCGCAAUAAAAUAACGUUGGAUAGUGUUCAAAGAAUAUAAGAAACGCAGGGGACCAGAGUGAAAAUCCAAGGCCAUCAUAGAAUACCAUACUCGUAGAUUUUUGUCUCAGGGUUCGGUCUCUCGUUUGGUCGGAAAAUAUGAUGGACGACGAACAACCCAAGACCCUGUAUGUGGGGAACCUGUCCCGGGAUGUGACAGAAGCCCUUAUCAUGCAGCUGUUCGGCCAGAUCGGACCCUGCAAGAGCUGUAAAAUGAUAGUAGACACGGCAGGUAAUGACCCAUACUGCUUUGUGGAGUUCUACGAGCAUAGACACGCUGCCGCCUCACUCGCAGCAAUGAACGGUCGUAAAAUAAUGGGUAAGGAGGUCAAGGUCAAUUGGGCAACAACCCCAAGCAGCCAGAAGAAGGACACAAGCAAUCAUUUCCACGUCUUUGUCGGCGACCUCAGUCCUGAAAUUACGACCGACGACAUCAAGGCUGCCUUCGCCCCCUUUGGCAGGAUAUCUGAUGCCCGCGUAGUGAAAGACAUGGCCACUGGAAAGUCCAAAGGCUAUGGCUUUGUCUCCUUCUUCAACAAAUGGGACGCAGAGAACGCCAUCCAACAGAUGGGAGGCCAGUGGUUAGGUGGAAGACAGAUCAGGACGAACUGGGCGACCAGGAAGCCCCCUGCUCCCAAAGCCACCUAUGAGACAGCCAAUACCAAGCAUCUGUCGUUCGAGGAGGUGGUAAACCAGUCCAGCCCUAGCAACUGCACUGUCUACUGUGGAGGAGUCACAACGGGACUCACAGAGCAACUGAUGAGACAGACCUUCACCCCCUUCGGCCAAAUCAUGGAGAUCCGAGUUUUCCCGGACAAAGGCUACUCUUUUGUGAGGUUCAAUUCCCACGAGGGAGCGGCCCACGCCAUCGUGUCCGUCAACGGCACGUCCAUCGAGGGCCACGUGGUCAAGUGUUACUGGGGCAAGGAGACAACUGACAUGGUCAGCCCCUUACAGCAGGUGCAGGUUCCCCAGCAACAGAACAAAGUGGGCUUUGCCACCCAGCCGUACGGCCAGUGGGGCCAGUGGUACGGCAAUGCCCAGCAGAUUGGCCAGUACGUACCCAACGGAUGGCAGGUGCCCACCUAUGGUGUCUACGGGCAGGCCUGGAACCAGCAGGGCUUCAGUCAUCUACAAACCGGAGCAGGCUGGACGGGCGUGAGUGCGGUCAGUAACGGAGGCGUGGUGGAGGCCGGCCAGGGAGUCAACGGGACGGUGAUGGCCAACCAGUCUGGCAUGGGCACGGCCGGAUACCACACCCACUGAUCCGCUUUCCUCACCUUCACCAUGGCUACAAGGAUCCUACGCUGGAGGGGGGAGGGAUGGGGGGGGUGCCCUCUAUUUUACAACACAAUUUAAGAACUCUGGCAGGGAAGGUGGGGUGUGAUUGACCUCCCUGCUCCCCCCCCCCCCCCCCCCCCCUCCUCCUUCCAAACCUGAUUUGAGUUAUUGGAGGAGACAUGGUUGCUUGGUGGGAGAGUUUACUCUGCCCUGGGGUAAGAUACACACGUAUAUAUGUAUACACGCACACACACACACACACACACGAACACAACCUUUAGGUCUUUGGCCUGGUGUCAGAUUGACUGACUCAUGAAUCAGAAAGGACUAUGCCAUUUUUAAUUAACAAUACUAUAAAUGAAUAAAACACAUGAUUAAAAAAAAAAAAAAAAACAGCAACUUCGUUUGGAUUAGCUUUUUUUGUUGGUUUGUUUAGAGCGAUUUCAAACUGCUGAUAUCGUAAGAAACGAGCUUUGCCUUUUGUUUUGGGACUGUCAUUUUAAAUAAAUGUUUAAGCAAUGACACCAUGGAAUCAUGUGAAAUGUAAGGACUUUUUUGUUUUUUUUAUUUGUUUAUAAAAAAAAUGAAUAAAAUGGAUGUCAACUGUUGUAUUUUUUUAAAUUAGAUUUUCAAUAUCUCAACUAAACCAAUUGCAGGGAUUACUGCCACUGUUUUUUCUUUUCUUUUAAAGGCAGACAAAUAUUGCACAAUACUAUUACUCAUGGUUACCUUUUCACAAAAUUUGAUGUUACACAAAAUCUAGGUAUUUUGAAUUGUUUUGCAUUCCACUUUUUCUUUGGAAAUUUCUUUUGGAGGGCUUAUGUAAACUGUUUUGUAUGUAAAUAACCAAACAAAGUCUGUUCAAUUGUUCUGACGCUGUAUAAAGAGGAAAAAAAUCGUAGUUAUGAAAGCUUGCUUGCUUUUUUGAUGGGAGGGUUAGGGAACAGGGAUCAUUCAAAGUAGACUUUGGCUUUAGCAGCACUGUUUAAUGCUGAUCCAUGGUUAUGUAGGGACAGUGCAACAUUUGAUUCUUCCAGGGGAUGGGGGGGUGGGGGGGGGGGACCAACAGCAUUGCUAUGCAGUGCAAAGUGAUCUAGACUGAAAAGUAAUGUAGAAUUAAAGUUAUUCUGUGUAUAAAACUUAAAUAUAAACUUUUGUGUUUUUUUUAUGAAGUAGUAAAUAGUAUCAGACAAAAAAACCUGAAUGAAUCAGAAUUUUGCACUGUGGCCCCCAUGGAAUUAGAUGACACCCAUUGUGUUGCCUUAUUUUGAGUUAAUUUCAUUUUAAUCAACCAAUUAUCAUAAAGAGUAGGCCGUGCCUAAGGAUAUUUUCAGACCUGAUGUUUUGAGAAGGUGUUUUGGGAGGGAGAUAUUAUGUUGAUGCUACUAUAACGUGUUCUUGCUUUGUCCCAUUAAAAUGCUGAUGCUAACUGUUUUGGAAA